AUGGCCACGAAUAUUCAAACCAAGAGCUUUGUCCUAAACACCGGGGCGAAAAUCCCCGCGAUCGGCUUUGGAACCUGGAAGGCUGGGCCCGGAGAGGCAGCAGCAGCAGUUCAGGCUGCAUUUGAAGCAGGCUAUAGACACUUUGAUUGCGCUCCUCUAUACGGAAAUGAAGCAGAGAUAGGCCAGAUAUUCAAGACAACCAAUGUGCCACGCAGCGAAUACUUUGUAACUACCAAGCUCUGGUCCUCAGAUCACCACCGCAUUCAAUCUGCGCUCCAGAAAUCUCUUGACGAUCUGGGCCUCGACUAUGUGGAUCUCUAUCUUAUGCACUGGCCCGUCACAUUACCUACCUCAACCCCCGAAACAUAUGGAAAAGAGGAUCGAACCGCCCACGACCCAGACUGGGACUUUACUGAUACAUGGCGCGAGAUGGAGAAGCUGCUUGAGACAGGAAAAGUCAAGGCCAUUGGGGUAGCCAACUUCUCGACCGUGAAUUUGAGCAAGCUACUUGAAAGCUGCAAAAUUGUUCCAACUGUGAACCAGACAGAGAUUCAGCCAUUGCUUCCUCAGAAGAAGCUUAAUGCGCUGUGCGUACAACACGGUAUUCAUCAGACCGCAUUUGGUCCUCUGGGUGGCAGUGGAAGUACACUUCAUGAGAAUAAAGCUGUCAAUUCUAUCGCCGAGAAGAGGGGAUGCAGUUCUGGAAAUGUGCUACUUAGCUGGGGCGUGAGGAAAGGUUGGAGUGUGAUCCCGAAGAGCACAAACCCGGUGAGAAUUGCCACCAAUUUACAGAAAUGCUUCGAUAUGGAUGACGAAGAGACCGCGCAAAUCGAUAAUUUGGCCACAACACUCGGAGGAAAGCGAUUCAAUCGCCCAAACUGGGGAACAACCAUCUUCCAUGACGACGAAGAGGCGAACGUGCAAUAG